GUUUAUCCUCUCGAAACUCAUCGCGUUAUUUAGAGUUUGUUGCAGACGGAUCGCCGCGCAGGACAGACGGCCGCCAAAAACGGAACUUUGGGGCGCAGGGGGUGCAGUUUGCAGGGGCUCCACAAGAUGGCGCCCGCGACUCCAAACCUCAGCGGGAAGCUUACAGUACAGUCUGGGUAAAGAAGUUGAUGGCGUCACGGUAAAAUUCAGAACAAAGUGCUGAUUAUCCUCUGAAAGGAUUUUAUCUCAGUACGUUUCGGUGGACUCCAAAGCGCAGUAACUGUUGAUGAAAAUGUUAAAAUGCGACUGAAAGCUCUUUCUUACUUUCACUUUCAUCAUCUUGGACUGGUUUCGACGGAACAUUUCAAAGGAGCAAUUUCAAAGGUAAACACCAGCAAACAAAUUAAGUACUCACACAUCGUCACACUUUGUGACAAAAACAGAGUUAAACAUUGAGUUAAAUGAUUUUAGUUUGGCUAACCGCGCAGGUUACUUCAGGGGAAGCGGAAGACGGAAAUCAGAAACCGGGAUUGACGUUCGUCCAUUUCGACCUCCAGUCCACAUCAUCUCUCAGCUUUGUCGCAGUGAGUAAUAAAUCUGAAGUCAGUUGUUCUGUGCAUCACCUGCACAGAUUCAGACAGCAGGGGAAGGUUGUUUCUACACGACCGUCACCUGACUUGGUUGGUUGGGAUUUCCCAGCAGGCUGUGGGGCAGCGUGUGUUUAGGUUUAUAGACUUAAUUAAACGGUGCUUUAAGUGCCCCAUGUGCUGUCCACAUACGCUCCUUGAUGUCGUGUUUCCGGUCAUCAGUGCAGUAUUUGGACUUCAGAGAGUUCAGUGUCUGAUGUGUCCGGCACACUGACAUCAUGGCCGCUGCAGCGACAGGUGAUCUUCCUCUGAAGCGCCGUGGCAGCUUUGUUUUCCUGCUUCCUGACUUCUCUGAGCUGCGGGUUGUUCUGCUGGGGAACAGCUGGUCUCAGAGGAGCUCGGUGGGGAACUUCAUACUGAGAAGGACCGUGUUCAACACUGAGGAAGAACCAGACUGCUGUCUGACCAUCAGAGGACAGCUGAAAGAGAAAGAAAUCGUCCUCAUCAACACCCCAGAUCUGCUGCAACCCAACAUCUCUGAGAACAAACUGACAGAACAUGUGAACAAGUGUGUGAGACUCUGUGGUCCUGGACCUCAUGUGUUCCUGCUGGUUCUCCAGCCUGAGGACUUCACUGAGGAACACAAACUGAAGCUCUGCAGAGUCCUUCAGCGCUUCAGUGAUCGAUCAUUUGAUCAUUCACUGGUUCUGAUGUCAACACCCAGAGAGGAGAGUCCAGGUUUCAUGGAAGAAUAUCAUCAGCGUCCACCCUUCAAAGACCUGAUCAGAAGAUGUCAGUACAGGUUCUUGUGGCAGAAGAAUCUUGAACUUCCAGAGUUGUUAACACGCUUUGAUCAAAUCGUAAAGGAGAACGAUGCUGAACAUGUCAGCUGUGAUGUGUUUGAGGACACAGUAUCUACUUUACCAGGUGAUCAUCAAAGCCCAAACCAGAAGAAAACUCAGACUUCUGUCCUCGAUGCUGUUAAAGCUUUUGGGCUGCAUGCAGCUACAAAUGUCACUGCACAAUUCUCUUCACCCUCAUGGAAACCCCCUCAGACUGACACAUCAGGACUCAGGAUUGUGCUGCUUGGAAACAGUGAGGACAAACAGACAAAACUUGGUAACUUCAUCAUUGGGGACCAACCGUUUCAUUACCAAAGAACUUCCCCAACCAAACAUUGUGUGGCUGCAUGUGGAGAGUGGAGAGGAAAAUGUCUAACAGUAGUGAAAACUCCAGACAUCUUCAGUCUGACUGUGGAGCAGAUGAAGAGCGAGAUGAAGAGCUUUGUGAGUCUUUGUGCUCCUGGACCAAAUGUUCUGCUGCUGUUAGUGAAGCCUGCUGGUUUCACAGAGAAGACCAGACAAACACUGAAGUCCAUCCUGAGUUCGUUCAGUCAAGAUGCUUUCAAACACUCAAUGGUCAUCGUGACUCAUGACUGGAAGUUUACAGCAUUUAGUCAGCUUGUUAGAGACUGUGGAGGAAGAUUCUACAACAUGUCUGAAGAGAACCACACUUUGUUAAUGCAGAGGAUUGAGAACAUUGUGUCUGACAACAAAGGAACCUUCCUCACCUUCACUCAGGAGACCUUCAGACCAACGUCUGACCCAGUCAGACCAGCUUUAAACCUGGUUCUGUGUGGGAGGAGAGGAGCAGGGAAGACUUCAGCAGCCAAAGCCAUUUUCCUUCAGACAGACUCUGAUUCAGUCUCCACCUCAUCACGGUGUGUUAGACAUCAGGGAGAGGUGUGUGGACGUCAGCUUUCCCUGGUGGAGCUGCCGGCCUUGUAUGGAAAACCUCAGGAGGAAGUGAUGGAGGAAUCGUUCAGGUGCAUGUCCCUCUGUGAUCCUGAGGGCGUCCAUGCCUUCAUCCUGGUCCUACCUGUGGGUCCCCUCACUGAUGAAGACAAAGGAGAGUUUGAGACCAUCCAGAACACAUUCGGCUCUGGAGUCAAUGACUUCACCCUGAUUCUGUUCACUGUGGACUCAGAUCCUACAGCUCCAGCUGUUGUUAAUUUUGUAAAGGAAGACAAGGACAUCCAGGAGCUCCGUCAGAGCUGUGGAGGAAGACAUGUUGUUCUCAACAUCCAGGACAAGCAGCAGAUCCCAGAGCUGCUGGAUGAUGUGGGAAGGAUGAGAGCUGAAGGAUCCAGAUGCUUCACAAAGGACAUGUUCACCAGGACUCAGAUGGAGAAGGUUUCAAGACUUAAAGCUGAACUGCAGGGUGUGAAACAGAGGAGUGAGACACAACAUGAUGAUGGGAAUCAGAGCAGAGAGAGUCUCAGGAUGGUGCUGAUUGGGCGGACAGGCAGUGGGAAAAGUGCAACAGGAAACACCAUUUUAGGUAAAGAAUGUUUUAGAUCGGAAGCUUGUUCAAGUUCUGUUACCAAGUUUUGUGAGAAACAAAUGGCAGAGAUUAGUGGACGGCAUGUUGUUGUGGUUGACACUCCUGGGUUGUUUGACACGUCUGUUUCCAAUGAAGACGUCCAGCUGGAGCUUGUUAACUGCAUCAGCAUGUUGUCUCCUGGACCUCAUGUGUUCUUACUGGUGCUGCAGAUCGGCCGAUUUACAAAAGAGGAGAAAGACUGUGUGGAGCUGAUCAAGAAAUGCUUCGGCAAGAAGUCUGAAGACUUCAUCAUCAUCAUAUUCACCAGAGGAGAUGACCUAAAAAAACAAACAAUUGAGAGUUACAUAGAAAAGGACCAAGGUGGCUGUUUGAGAAAGCUGAUACAUGAGUGUGGAGGGAGAUACCAGGUCUUCAAUAACAGUAAUCCCACAGACCUCACACAAGUCAGAGAGCUGCUGACAAAGUCCAACAACGUGGUGAAGAAAAAUGGCGGCAGGUGCUACACCUCAGCGAUGUUCCAGGAGGCCGAGGCGGCGAUACAGAAGGAAGUGGAGAAGAUCCUGAAGGAGAAGGAAGAAGAGAUUCAGAGACAGAAAGAAGAGCUUCAAAGAAAACAUGAGGAGGAAAUGGAAGCAAUGAAGAGAAGAAUGGAACAACAGACAGUCGAAAUUAAACAAGAGAGAAGACUGAGAACAAAACAGCUUAAAGAAAUGGAGGAAAACAUCAUGAAGGGGCGAGAAGAGAGAAGGAAAGAACAGGAAAUAAGAGAGAAGGAUGAAAAGAAAAGAAAAGAGCUGGAACAAUGUCAACAGCUGGAGUGGAAGCAAAAACUGAAACAUCUGGAGAGAAAAAUAAAGACAGAAUCAAAGCAAAAGGAAACUAUUGACCGAGAGUUGGAGCAGAGCAGAGAAGACAUCAGAAAGCAACAGGAGGACUGGGAGAAGGAAAGACAACAAUGGUGGGACAAACGAAAUCAAGAAAAUCAACACAGACGACAGGAGGAGGAAACCAAACUGAGGAAGCUCCAAGAAGAAUACGAGCAAGAAAGAGAAAAAUAUGAAAAGAAAAGAAAAGAAGAAGAUCGACACAGAAGAGAACAGGAGGAGAAGGAGAGACAAGAAUUAGAGGAAAACUACAAGAGAAAAAUUGAGGAAAUGAAGAGGAAGUAUGAAGAGGAGGCCAGAAAACAAGCAGAAGAACUCAAUGAGUUCAGACAGAAGUACACUAAAGACUUUACAGCAUUAGUGGAGAAGCACAUGGAGGAAGUGACGGACCUGAAGAAGAAACAUGAGAGACAAAUCGAUGAGACCAAAGGGAGCCACGAGAAACAGUACAAUCUGUUAGAAAACCUCUCAAGUCACAAAGAAAAACACAUGAAAGAACAAAUGGAGGAGUUGAAGAAAAAGCACGAAGAAGAAAUAAAUGAACUGAAGCAGAAGUACAAAAGCCAAUGUGUCAUCCUGUGAUCUCCUCACUCAGUGAGCUCUCCAUUGUUAAGGUGGUGGUGGUGGUGGUGGUGGUGAUGGUGUCUGGGCUGUUAAUGUCCACAGCUUCAGGUAGGAAAAACAACUUCCACUGAUGAUUUCAUUUCUUUUUAAUAAUCGAUCAGAACUUUUCUUUCCAUGAAAUUCUUCAUCUCUGGAAACGUUUUUAUUGCUCGUCGUGUCUGAUUGGUGCCGUGGCUGACCAGCAGUACCUGACAUGUUUACUGCUUCAUGAUCAGCAAAUGAAGCCAUUCAUUUACCAGCCAAACAAAGUGGCCAUCAGAGGGCCUAAAGGCCUCGGGUGCAGCUUAGGUUGUCGUCAUCUCAGAUUUCCUCAAUCAUUUUUUAAAACCCUGGACCUGACUGCGUAGAAACAUGGCUGAUAAAAUGUACCAUAGAAUAAUAAAAAUAUAUAUGCAUAUGAUUAUUUGAAGUUUACCUGAAGUAAACUGCUUUAUUUAGCUGUUCCUGCUCAAGAAAGUCCGCAAAAUAUUUCCAGUGAAGGCGUGACACCACAGGCUGCUUCAGUCCGCCAAAUGUAAUCUCAUCACACGGCAACAUAAAGGUUAAAGGUUACAUCCCACAAUACAGGAACAAACGCCACAUGACAUGAUCAAUAUAACACGUUUUGCUAACUCAUAGUGUCUUUCUGUCAGACAGCAGGGCAGUAUGAGGGCAUCAUUCAGUGGACAGGGAAUAAAAGGCAGUCAGGUAUAAACACUACCUGAUUACAGAGAUGUUCAAAUAUACAACAAGUGUUCAAAGGAACGAUCAGAUCAGAAGUGAUUGGUUAAGGAUGGAAGGACCCAUGAAGUCCCACUCAGCGGUCUGUUUUAUGGACCUGAAGUUAAUGUUCAUGUUUGUGACAGAAUAACCUACAUAAAUACAUUAACCUACAUGAAUAACCUACACACUCAGUAUUCAGCCAGUUGUUGGCUUUGGUUGGAGUUGGCUUUGGAGAGGGUUUUCUGUCUGUAUGAGCAGGUUGGUUUUUGCCAACAUAUAUGUUGAUUUAUUUUUAUUUUCACAUUAACUUGAAUAUUCUUCCAUCCAUAUGCAUCCCCACAAAGCAAUUCAAUUUCAAUUCAAUUCAAUUUACUGCUGUAAAUAUUGUUGGUCCCUGUUCACAGUUUAUAUAUCUUUUAUUCUGAUUGGUUUUUUUAUAUUUAUGUAGUGUUGUUUUAUAUUUCUAGCA